AAUGGCCCACAGCUCAUGGCAAUGCUUUUUUAUUCAAUCAAGAUCUCAGGAUUGCACCACUCCUCAAAAUACUUACCAGGUGCAAUCGCGUGGUGCAUGGUAGUAAACAUAGCAUAACGCAAUCUUCCGUAUUGUACAGUGCCCUCCUACAGAAUAUCCCGUUCCUUCUCACUAUCCGUGAUAAAAUCGUACGUCCCCCUUCAUCACACUCAACCGCCAUGUCAUUCGCUAAAAGUACCGGAAAGGGCGUUCUCCUCAACCUAGUGAUACGUCCGGGCAGCAACUGCACAGGACUGACACGAAUACAAGACGGUCAGUUGCACGUUGAUGUAAACGCUGUUCCUGAAAAGAACAAGGCUAACAAGGAGGUAAUACGUUUUAUAAGCACCCUGUUAAAGGUAGACAAGAGUAGCGUAAGCAUUGUGAGCGGGUUGAAGAGCAGGAACAAGAUUGUGAUGGUGAGGGAUGAGACGGACGGGGAGCGUAUUGAAAAGGUGGUAUUACAGGAUUUGGAUGGUAGGUAAAGGAAUUAUACGUUUUGAUAGUGAAAUGUUACUGUUUAGGUGAUGAUAUGCUUAGUACUACCGGUUUGCAGUAUUUACUUGUGUUAUGGUUGUGUUCGAUCUAUUGCA